AACCCCGGCCAGACACAAAAUGGCGAUUGCCUAGCGCGUUACAAAUUGAUUUUUUUUUCACCACACCAGUUCAACACAUACUUUUAAACGUACAAACCAGCCCACAAGAAAUAUAUUCGAAAAUAGACCGCCGCCGUGUGUAAACUACGCGUAAAAAUAUCCAUUCCCACGUCAUAACCUGUGCUGAUAGUUAAAAAGCAUCUUUUCUAAUUUGUUAAUUGCCUUUCUUUAAACAAAUGAUCAGUUUUUGUGUUGGAUUCAACUGAAGUCUUUAUUUUUGUGCAGCGGUGAUAUAUAGGAGAGAGCAACAAUGAAGGGUGGUGUGGAAUGUACCGUUUGAUCUGAAUUUUUUUCUUUUCUAUAAGAAUCACAUGCAACGCAUUUGAUGCCUUGAAUUGUCUGUGGUCUGCGAUAAUAUCGACAUGGCUUGGUGCACCGGUGGGACUAAUGUCCACGAAUAUGUCCCCGUUGCGGACUUUUAUGCGGACAAAUCCAUCUUCGUGACCGGUGGCACGGGAUUUAUGGGAAAAGUACUAGUCGAAAAAUUAUUAAGGAGCUGUCCGAAAAUCAAGAAGAUCUAUUUACUAAUGCGACCGAAACGCGGACAAGACGUCGCGUCGCGUCUCACCGAACUAACGCAGUCACCGCUUUUCGAGACGUUGCGGAAAGACAGGCCCCAAGAGUUGAAUAAGAUCGUGCCAAUCGUUGGUGAUAUCACUGAACCAGAACUGGGCAUCAGUUCCGCGGAUCAAGCCAUGCUCUGUCAAAAGGUAUCAGUAGUAUUUCACUCGGCGGCUACAGUGAAGUUUGAUGAGAAAUUGAAGCUCUCUGUCACCAUCAAUAUGCUGGGCACGCAGCAGCUGGUGCAAUUGUGUCAUCGUAUGCUCGGCUUGGAGGCUCUGGUUCAUGUAUCGACCGCAUACUGCAACUGUGAAAGGGAACGUGUGGAGGAAACAGUGUACGCGCCGCCUGCGCAUCCUGAGCACGUGGUCACGUUAGUGCAGACUUUACCAGACGACCUGGUAGACAGAAUUACACCAGACUUAGUGGGCGACCGGCCGAAUACUUACACCUUCACAAAGGCUUUGGCAGAAGACAUGCUCAUAAAGGAGUGCGGCAAUUUACCUGUAGCGAUCGUGAGGCCAUCUAUCGUGUUGUCAUCUCUAAGAGAGCCCGUGAAGGGUUGGGUGGACAACUGGAACGGUCCCAACGGUAUCAUAGCGGCCGUCGGCAAAGGUAUAUUCCGCACGAUGCUCGGCACAGGGUCGAGAGUGGCGGAUCUGGUUCCUGUGGACACCGUCAUCAACCUGAUGAUAGUGAGCGCGUGGAGGACGCAUUCGAGACGAGGGGAAGGUGUCGUGGUAUAUAACUGCUGUACCGGCCAACAGAACCCCAUCACGUGGCAGCGAUUUGUCAAGACCAGCUUCAAAUAUAUGCGGAAACAUCCGUUCAGUGAAGUGCUCUGGUAUCCCGGCGGUGAUAUAACCAACAAUCGUCUGAAGCACAAUGCUCUCUCUCUAGUUCAACAUCGCGUGCCCGCCAUAGUGAUGGAUCUUGUCGCCAGAGCUUCGGGAAAUAAGCCUAUGAUGAUCCGUGUUCAAAAUAAAUUAGAAAAAGCGGCCGCCUGCUUGGAAUAUUUCACUACCCGCCAAUGGUCGUUUGCGGACGACAACGUACAAGCUCUCUGCGCUGCUCUCUCGCAAGAAGACAGAAGAACGUUCGACUUCAACGUAAGGAACAUUGACUGGGACGCGUACAUUGAGUCUUAUGUACUGGGAAUAAGGCGGUUUCUGUUCAAGGAGAGUCCUGAUACGCUACCCAAAUCGAGGGCUUUGAUACGAAGAUUACACAUAGUUCACAUCUUAACCCAAGUGGCGACCGUGUUUUUCUUAUGGAGAUUUUUAUUUUCCCGUUCCACCGCAUUACGCAAUAUAUGGCGCUACAUACUGGAAUUUUUAACAAGAGCCGCACGUUUGCUUGCCAUAGCCUGAUGCCGACCGCUUUUAUAAUAAAAAAUCAAAUACAUCGCCUCGAUACCAUAAAGAAAUAGAACGCUUCCGUACUCGCGUAUGAAAACUCUUUCGACAUUCGACAAUUUCACGCUGACCUAUCCCAAAUGGCGGCGGGGAACGUUGACACCAAUAGGGAAUUUUUAAACUAUAAGAAUCACAAUGGCAAAUGAAUAUUAGGUGACUUUUUCAAUAGGCUUUCAUGGGGCUGUUGUACUUUUGCUUCCUUAAUUGUGACACAGUGCGAUGUAAUUUUUUCCUAUAAAAUUGAAAAUUGUUUCUAAGUUGUUUUUAUAUCGUGCCGUGCCACACACUUCCCAAGCGCUAGGCAAAUAAGUUAGUUCUGUUACUAAUUGUUAAAAAGUAAGUAAUUGUAAUUCCAGAUAAUUUUUGUACCUUAUAUUACAUACAGCUCAACGGUUAUCUGAUUACGGUAAAAUGUUCGAAACUCUGUUAUUGCAUAGUAAUUAAUGUACAAUAGUGAUAAUGCAGACUUAUCAAAACACCAGUUGUUUAAUACUAACGGCACUGCGUAUUUAUCGAGCCAAAAGCAUACACAUCUAGUUGCACAAAGGUCCAUUAAAAUUACGACUUUAGGCUCUAAUGAAUGUUCUAAAUUUGAAAAUUUGUAUCGGUAAUGUCGCUUUAAACUAUACGGACACUUAAUAGACGUUUGUGCAACCGGGAGUAAAUCCUAUAUUUCUUAUGGUUUGUUUGUUGGAAGAUUAUUCGUCAUUAAUUUUGUUAGUAAUGUAAAACCAUCUGAUUCUUUGGAUUGAUAAUUAUGCAGUUUAAACGUAACUUCGAUUAGUAUUACAACGAUAGAUCGUUGCCCUCCUUUGGCGAGUUCAUAGGAUAUUUUAGGAACGUUAUAAUUUUGU